ACCUGGCAUCGACAACCAUGGUUUUCUUCCAUGAGACAGUUGAGAUGUUUGGCGUACCACUGAGGUAAAAAUUGAGCACAGCAAUGCUCAGUUUUGUUGGCUGACUUACUUGAGCUAUCGUAAGACCUGGUUAGAUCGAGACUUAGACAACUGGUUAAAUAUCCAAGAGUUCUACGUAUUUACUGUGGACGAUGUCUGUUUUCUUUACUUUAUCAGAGUCCGGGGUGAUCAUGGGGUAGAGAAUUUCGAUGUGGCACGAUUUAUGUUUUCUGUCAGAGGAACAGGAAGGAGCAGUUUCAUCGACGGUAAAAGUGUACCAAAGGUAAUUGUUUUCAUUAGUCUGUCAUCAUAAUGAAUAAAAACGACCAUGUUAUUAUAGUGUGAUUACCUACCUUGCUUCACUCACCUAUAGUUAAAAUGUACAAUUACGAACACUAAGGAAUACAGUUUUUGUUGAGUUGGAUCUGACAGCUGUUUUGUACUCAGUUCUGGGUGCAGAACCCGAACCUGAUGUAAAUUUUUGUCAUCACAUCAUGGUUUUGAAGUAUUAGCUGUAUGGCCUGGCGUUGUUCAGGUGGUGUAACGUGAAAACAAUCCAACCAAAUCACAGAUAAAACAUACUGUUCUUUGAGAUGCAGCUGUAAUGCAGUAAUCAUAACAGGACUCUGUAAAGGGGUUAUAGCCAAAUCGCUUUUCCAUUAUUGUGUUUAGUAUAAAUAUAUCCAGCUGAACUCAAUCCCUUAUUGAUAUUUUGGAAAAUUGCACAUUUUUUAAAAUCCAGCAUCUUGUGGAAUACUCAAAGCUACAACAUAUCAUAAUUGUACAUGAAACUGUGAAGUUGGAAAGCCAACUGGCACUUUGCAAUCCAAGAGACAUUUGGACUUUUGUCCAAAAAUUGGCGCUGUCUUCUCCACAUUCAGGUCGCAUUUUCUUUGCUAAAUUUGGCCGUUUGGAAUUCAUUUUCCAUACUACAAGGAGGGCGUAUGUAUAGAGAUCAAACCCAUCUAAGAACACUCCCAGACAGAUAAAGUACAACUGUGUAAAAUUUUGUAAAAAUCCGGCCAGUUGUUUCGGCGUCCACAGGAAACAAACGCACUCAGAGAAAGUUCCAUUUAUAUAUAACUAUAGAUAUAGAUAGGCUCCUUCGUUUAAAAAAAAAAAAAAAAAGUAUUUCAUAAAAUGUAUAAUGCAAGUUUCAAAUAUCAACAUAAAUUAAUAUGAAAGAAAAAGGCAUGACUUAAAUUUUUAUGACAUUGGAUACUACAGUUGUUUUCAAGUAGUAACAACAUAGUAAAUAGGAACGCUGUAGUGAAAAUAAAACUAAUGGGUAAGACCCCAAAAAAUUAUUCUGAAUUCAAAUUCUGCAUUACAUUUCAAACAUUUUAUCCCCAACAGGUCCCCCAUUUAUUGUUUUGUUUGUGUUAGGAUAAACACUAACACACAUUUUUCUGAAACAGAAUUAAACGCCUUUGGAGAGAUGUCUUUAGUGCUGUCACCAGCAGAUUCUAUGAUAUAUUACAUCAGCUCGAGGAGGAGGGGCAUCUUGAUCUGUCCAGCAAUCGUCACAUCUUUGCCUGCCAUUACGCCUUCAUUCCCCUUAUCCAACGCCACCUUGAUAUUUUCCGAGAUGGCUGGGAUGACCACCCCCUACGAACGGACGGGAACCUCUCCCCAACUCAGUUGUAACAGUUGGGGCAGCAAUAUCACUCCCAGGAAUGUGAUGAGGUCUUUAUUAUUUUGCUAGAUACAAGUAAGUUUAGACCCAACAAUUCUUGGUGCCGAAAGCCGGGCCUAAAAAUCCGCGUCCCUCCGGGCCGCCGCGGGGCCAGUGGACGCCGCCGGGAUAUUUACGACCUUCUUCUCGUGACCGGGCGGCUGCGCCUUUGUUCCUGCGACGGCCCGGUCCCAGACGAACCAGGGCAGGACGGAGUGAGGUAGGAUAAAGUUUAAUUAAGUUGUUGACGCUUUCGGGUUUAAAUACGGGGCGGAUUGAAUUGUGAAGUCGAAGUACUGACUCAUAAUUGUUCGAAGUACUGAACAUCCGUUAAGUAAACCGUUGAAAUUUAAACCAUCCUAGUUCGAAGUACUGAACUAUUGUGUGACGAAUUACGUGCGUUUAAAGGGUCUAAAAACGUUACGUAAACAGUAAUCCUCGAAGUACUGAGGACUAACACACAGGCGAUAUUUUGCGAAGUAAAGACAAAAUAUUGCAGAAAGCGGGCCGAAGUACCGAGCCAUAAAAAGUUAUAAAAAUGUCCGAACCCGGAGUCAGAGACGAGAUAAAGCAAACAUAAUAGCGUAAUAAAAAGCCAAGGUAGGACAGAAUUUAAAGCUUUUUGAGUCCGUAGAGAUAUUGAUGUGCAUUUGUGUAAUGUCAGGGACUUACAAAUUUAGUUCAGGGAACUGCACAUAGAAAUAACGUGCGUGCGUCUUGUGUUACGAGGCGUUUCGGGAAAAAUAAUAUUCUGCGUUUCGGAAUAUUAACACGUACAUAGAAAUAACAUGUGUACGUCUUGCGUUACGAGGCGUUUCGGGAAAAAUAAUAUUCUGCGUUACGGAAUAUUAACACGUAGAACGGUAUUUUGCGUUACGAAAUAUCGUAGAGAAAAGGGUCUGGGACCCAACGGACUUUAAAAGAGUGAUAAAGUAGGAGCAGAAGCGAGGAAGACUAACAUUACACAAAUUAUAAGCCAUAAAUAGACGGAAGCGUACAAAUAACGUGCCGACAUAAAAUACUUAAGAUAUACAAGCCCGUGCACGGCAAAUAAAAUCGAAAUUACGUGAAAUAGAGGUAAUUGAAACAACGAAACUUGCGAAAAUGGGUCAAAACGUCGCUAAAACAAUAGAAGAUAGACCGGAAAAUGAUGAAACGGGAAAAACGAAAGGUGAAUUCGGUUGUGAAUAGGAAUUUCUGUGUAUUUGUGUUGACAGUUUGUCAUUGAGCUCAAAUUGUUUGUAUGCUUUUAUUUUUGGUCUGGUGUGAGCCAUUAGUUGAAUGUACGGUGACUUCGAUUUGUAUUUGAAAUAGUACUGUCUUGUAUGAUAAGUCAUUGUGGAUAACUAUGGUUGUUGUCAUGUGACUGAUUAUGAGGCUGCGUUGUGUCUUUCUUUCAUGAUUUUUCAUGUUCAUAGUGAUAAUUGGUGAAUUGUGAUGUUGAAGGUUUGAGUAAGUUGCAUGAAGGGCAGAGAUAACCAUAAGUUUGGGGAAAAGAGGAGCUGUGGAAGUGGGGCUUGGAAAUUUUUGGGCGUGUGAGACGAGCGUCGAUAAGCGAGGGAAUUGUUUGUAAAUAACUGACCGUUUAUUGCGUAAAUAACUGACCGUUUUUUGUGCAAAAUCGGAAAAAACUGGGAGUUUUUCAACAUGAGGAGUGCGGCCCUUCGGUGGCCCCUAUUUGCAACAUGGGGUCCUCGACGGCAUCCGCUGGGUUUUUGCCCAAAUUAAUUAUAAGGGAAGGUUGUAAUUGCAGCUGGGAAUAUUCCAGCCUUUCCCUUGUACUAUUUAGGAUAUGAUUUUUGAAAUGGAAUCUCAUUAGAGAUAAAAAAUAGACUAUUGAGCUAAAUUGAAACUUAUAGAACACUCUUAUAAGAAAAUAAGAGAAUGGCUUAAAGAGAAAGAAAAUAGUUAAUGUUUUGAAAAAGGAAAAGAUCAACUGUUGAUAAAUAGCUGUUUGAAAAUAAACUUAACAGAUUUAUUUUAAGCAAAGAGCAAGUAUGUUUGAUAAAAAGAAAAUCAGAUUGUUAGAAAUGUUCUUCAUUCAAGAAUAGAUAUUGUUAAAGUAUAUUCUUCUGAAUUAAAGCAGAUAAUUCUACCAACCUGGAGUGACAUACAAGUGGAUGUUUUUUAGUGCACGAAAAAACAUUCUUUGUUCUCCUCUGGACUGCUGAAUUAUCCUCCAUUAUAAAUUAUAUGGAUAUCAGUUGAAAAUGAUUGGAAUUAAAAAAUUGAAUUAAAUGCUAUAAGAGGUAGUGUUUUUAAGUGUUAAAGAAUAGCAGAGAAGCCAUAGUGGAAUAAAAGAGAAAGUUAAAAUAUUUUGUGAAGUAAAUUGAUCCUAAAGAAUUAGAUUUUGACUAAAAACAAUCAAUUGAAUAGAUUAUAAUUGCGUCGUGGAAUCGUAAUUUUUGGAUUACAUGUUGAUGAAUCUUCAACAGUGACCCAAAGAAGGUGAAAAGACAUUUUGUCAGCUCUAAAGAAAUUCCAAAACAAAGAAAAAUUCCAAUUUUGUAAGUUUGAGUGGAACAUUGCGCGAUAUAUUAAUGCCGCUGCAAAUUUCAAUUUACUGAUUAAAAUGGGAGCUGACAAAAUUGAUCAUAAGCAAAUAUUGGCAUUUGCCAAGUGGAAAUUAUUAUACUGGGAGAAUUGUAUCUCUGUAACUUUGGGUUGAUUGCGGAACGUAAACUGUUUUGAUAGAUGGGUUCGUUGUUCUCAAAUUUGCGAAAUAUGAUUACAAUUCUCCCAAGAUAAGCUUAAUUUAUUGAGCUAACCUUUGGUUGAUUUUGUGAAUAUGUUUAACGUGGAGUUUAUAGAAGCUAACUAAGUAAACAGAGAAACUUAGGUAUGGUGCCUCUUGUGCCAUCAAAGAGGACAUUUAGCAAAGGAAUGUGAGUGGGAGACAUAAGCGAAGGGGAGGUGGAGAAUGUUCCGGGUCGAAGAAAAAAAGUAAAUUCGAGACGCAGGACGUGACUGGAGGAGGAUCGCACCUCCGAGGGCGCGGCUUUGGAGAAGGCCCUUCCCGCGGAGGAGGUUGGUCUGUACCUCUUAGUUGAUGAAAUUAACUAUAGACAAAGACCGGAAAUGACAAUAUUGAUGGGAAAUACUCCAACUUUUUUCUUGUAGAUUCAGGAGCGGAACAUUCGUGCGUUAAAGACAUUGCACGUUUAAGACGUUUAAUAAAACAAUCCGCGUCAUGCCAGCUAACGGGAAAACAACUUUAAAUGCGAUAAGUAAACCCAAAGAAGAUCCAGAAACAAUGUGUAUAGUUGUCAUGGCACCUAACUGGCCACACAAUCUACUGGAAAGAUACAAAAUAGCAACUGAUCGGACUUUCGUUGUGGAGGUUUAUGAUGACGUCAGAUACCAUUGGUCACUUGACGCUCCCACUCGGGAGGCUAGAUAAAACAGUUGAGGCACUACUUGCAGAAAUAAAAAGGCUAACAAAGGGGGAAAACGUUGACGUCAUGAAUCCAAAUGAUUUUCAUGUAACAUUGCGGUUAAAAAAAAACCAUUUCACGUCCUGAUCCAAGUUAUGGAGCAGUUGAAAAUUUAGGACCACUAAUUCUGUAAACAAUGGAACUUAAGAGGUUUCACAACAUCAAGCGGAAACACGGGAACACAAGUUAAAACAAUUACUGGAUGUAAUGAAAUUACUAAAUGCGUUAGUUAUUUGUAAAUGUGAAGCCAAAAAUAAUGGGCUUGAUAACGUGUCAAUCGGAAACAGGCUAGCAGAUGAAGCAGCCAAGGUAGCGGUUGUAAAUCAACGCAAUAAAGCUAAAAUAAUAGAUGAAAAACUUAAAGGCUAUCAGAACAUAGCAACGCAAACAGUAAAGCAAAAAUGGGCGAUGAAAGGUUUCUACCAAAAUUAUUGAUCAUAUGGGCAGCUGAAUUGAGCCACAUGAUUGUCAAGUGUCUACAGGGGGGAGGACUGAGUUGGUUAAUAAUUGGUUAAUAGACACUAUGAAAAUUGUGGCCCAAUGUCUUCAAUUCAUACUUGGAAAACAAAAAAUUUUUUUCUCAGUGUUUACUUUGCAUAAACAAUGUUAAGAGAGACCAAAAAGAGGGAGGUUUCUAGAACCAACUGAACUAUUUCAUACAUUGCACAUGUAUUAUAUAGAAUUAAAUAGACUGUUGGGGAAAAGAUAUUGCCUGGGGAAAAAAUAGAUGUAUUUUCUAGAUUAGUUAAGAUUUUUCGUAGCGUACAUGAGGACAGAAAAACAGUGAUUGCAUGUACAGACCCCAGUCUGCCAGACAAUUGGAAAAGACAAAUUGGACAAACUAGUAACAGACUGAUGCAGAAGGAAAGACUUUGCCACUUUUUAGACUGCUAGAUUUAACCCCAGGACCUGUUAAAGGUUCUGGCAGCAUUCCAGCUCACAUAGGGAAACAGUUUGAUCAAAGACAAGUUUGAGACAACAAUGAUCUGCCAGAAUGUUCCGAUCCACAGACUCUCAAGGUGCGGGUCGGAGACUUGGUCUUCCUGAAAGUGUUGCAGCGUGCCAGAUGGGACAGUGAACGCUGGGACGGCCCCUACACAGUUUCCUGACCACCCUGCAAGACCUUGGGAAACCUUGACCCUCUGACAUGCAACCUUCAAACCAAGCAGUCCAGAACACCGGCAUGUCAUCAGGACCGGCCUCGGGGGGUUCUGUGGAGGAGUAACCCUAUACUCCAAACUCCUGAUGGAAUGAAUCGGACGAUGUGCCCUCGUCACCCCCGUCCAAAAGUCCACAACGAUCGUGCUCGAUCAAAGACACAGCAACAUGACAGCUGAUGAAGAACCAAAGUCCAUUCGCCGAAGAAAAAGAUCCAUCUUGGCUGAGCUGCUCACCGACGCAAACGGAGUCCAUCCGGCAGCCGAGGAACAUUCCUGACAAGACCAAGCUCAUCGACGAAGGUUCUCUACAACUAUACCAACUUGGUACAGUCUAAGUACUCUGAGCAACUGCACGCGGUUUCCCUUACGGCUAUCCAGAAUAGGGAAGCCCUGGACAUGCUCCGCGCAGAGAAAGGUGGACUAUGCAGCUUCAUCAAGCAAAGAGGAUAAUGCUGUAAUUUGGUCCCACUCGACAUGGCAAAGAAUGGCUCAAUCUCCUAGCUCAAGGGACUGGUUCACCGAUUUCAAAGAGAAACUUCACCAUAACGAAGGAGUUCCUGAGAAUGCUAUCCUCAAGUGGUUCCAGGACAAGUUUGGCAGCUAGAAGAACAUCAUCUCCGCUAUCACUGCAAUGGCCUCCAUCCUGGCCGUUGUUCUCGUUCUCUCCUGUUGCUGUGUGCCCCUCUGCAAGUUUAACAUCAACCGCAUGCUCUCGAACAUGGACCAGAAGGUUAGCGCCAUGUUCAUCGCCCAUACCGUCCAGUACGAGUCCGUAGCCCAAGAUCACUAACGAGUCGGACUCUCUCGUCUAAAGUGGAGCGAUAUGGACAGGGACGAGUCGGACACUUUCGUCUAAAGCAGAACGAUUUGGACAGUGAUGAUACGGACAAUGUCGUCUAAAGCAGUUUCCCCAUUUUGGCCAUCCCGACUCUGCAACCCUAUGGACUCUCGAGAAAUAACACUGACGCGGCGAUCAUAAAUCGCUGAAAUAUGGCGUUCAAAAGAAUCCCAGCCUGUAUAUACACUUGCUCACCAUAUUAUUUCAAUGUUUUGUGUUCUAUGAAGCCAUGGCAAUGAAGCUGCUCUCGUCCCUAGUGCUAAUGGGGAGGGAAUAGGGCAAUUUUUUCCUACGUGCUUAGGUUUUUCUCCCCUAUCGUGGCAUUUUCAUAACUCCUGCUAAUGGAUAAUUGACGGGUCUGACACCAACCCCACUCUCGGGAAAGUUUAACUCUGAUGAAAGCUGAAAAGUUUUAAACCCACAACAGGAGGGAAAUGUGAGAUGUGCUUUAAUGUGUGUUUAAACUAGGUGUUAUGAUUAUGUUUUCUCUAUUCACGUAUGCUUUUUAGUGUUUACACAAUGGAAAGAGUAAAGUUUCUGUUUUCAGUAAAUGUCACCAUAAUGUUUCAUUCUGGUUUCUGUUCUCAGUAAAUGAUACAAUCUCGAUAAAACAAAACUUACGCAUGUGCAAUGAAUGCUCUCCAACUCCUUAAUAAAGGGCUGGCGCUCCUCAGGGAAGUUAGAUAAGCUUGAUGCGUCCCCCACGGCACGCAUCAAUCUCUCUCUCCUGACGGCCGUCAGUGUUAAAAGCUUUAUUUUCGUCUCAAGUCUGAUUCUCUCUCCGCCCUCCUCUAGGUCUUUAUUAUUUUGCUAGAUACAAGUAAGUUUAGACCCAACACCGACUCUGAAGUGAGUGCUUUCUGCGGGGCCGCGGGAACGAUAUUACGUAGCUCUUUGGUGAUUCGCUGAAAUCAGCGGCAAACACGCCCCUUACUUUUCGCGCAUCACGUGGAGCCGCCAUAUUUAAAAAACAACUACUCUGUCUGUAAAUUGUUGUUGUUGCCAGUAAGGAAAAACAAUGGAGCCAGGAAAAGCUCAAUGGAGCGACGAGGAGGUAAAAGCCCUCCUUGCUAUUUAUUCAACUGCGAGCGUCCAAAGAGGACUUGAGGGGUCGCAACACAACAUAAAAAUAUUUGCCGAGAUAAGUGCACAACUGGAGAAGGCUGGGGUUUACCACAGCGCAAAACAAUGUAGGGAAAAAAUGAAGAAACUGAAACAGGACUACAAGAAAAUCAAAGACCACAACAACCAGAGCGGGGCAUACAGAAAAACUGGCAAAUGGUAUGAGACGCUCGACCUCAUAUUGGACCACAGACCAGCAUAUGGGAACGCCGAAACAAAAGACUCCUCUGCUUCACUUUUGCGGUCGUUGACGCAGAAGGAGAACAACCCACCCUCCCAGCUGCUUGAAGAGCAAAACAGAUCUCUUUUAUCAAAUCCAAUUCCUGUUGCCUGCAGUACCCCUUGUCGCCCAUCAGAAACACCAAUGGCUUUAUCAAGCAAUCCCAUGCCCCCUCUGAGUGACAACCGCCAACCCGCAUCAGAAAACACCGUUGUGAUGUCCUGCCAUUCCUUGCCCCCACAAAGUGCCAGUACCAGUCAGCUUACAUCAGUCACUACACACCGGUUUCUUGCUUGUCCGGAUUCACAAAUAAUCAGCCAACGCCGCCCAGCUCCCAGCCCCCUUUGCCAUCCUAGACCUGCAAAGAGGAGAAAGAAUGACACACUGCUUGCAACUGUGCAGGAAUGGCAGGCUUCAGACGCAGAAUACCAAAGGCAACGAAAUGCACAAUUUGACAGGAUGCUGCAGGUGUUUGAAGAGCAAAAUCAACACAUUGAAAAGCAGUGUCAGGCUCUGCUGUUGAGUCCAGCCGGCAGCAUCAUAUGGUAAUGGAGGGUAUUCGGGACAUCAUGAACAGAAUGUCAAAUCGGCAUGACAAACCCUAAUUAAAAGAAAUUGGACUCAACCAAAUAUUUCACAUCUAAAUUUUUCUAUUGUUGCAGAGUGUGAGUUUUCUGUAAAAUAUAUUACUUU